AUGGCUGAUAGACCAACCAAGCACACAAUCAAGAGCAAAAAGGAUAAACCUCAGCACACAAACGACCCGUCCGGAGCUCCUCCGCCUCCUCUCCAUCCCAUCGCCUCCUCUGACGGCGUUGCCUCCGCCGCGGCGUUCCUCCCAACGAACUUCACGAUCCUCGCGUACCACGCGUGGCACACGCUCACGCUGGGCCUGGGCACGAGGAAGUCCAAGGUGGUGGUUUUCGUGUUCGAAUCGGAGGGGCUGAGGGCUACUGCGGAGCGGCUGUGGCCGGCGGAGAUACCGCUAGGAGAGAUCAGAGUUCAGGAGCACGGAGGAUCCGAGGGAAUUUUACAGGCGGUGGCGGCGCUCAACGACUCAAGGAUUUUCCGGAGAUAUUAA